AAUAGCUCAUAAGCAAAUCUAAUGCAGAAAAAUAAAAAGGUAUUUCGCAAAAGACGCAUUAGGAAAGUCGUUUCAGCACAAAUUUAAUAAAGACAAAUUUUGAAAGGCGAAAAAGGUUGAAAUACAAACGUUGGAGCUGCGAAAACAGACGUGUAGAAAUUGAAGCGACAGCUACGCACUUAAAGGCAAAAAGUGAGACUACAAUACACUCAAUUAGUGCUGAGUUUGGUCCUAGUCAUGAACCGCUGUGUCUUACCAGCAUGGGAUCAGUUACCCUUUGUCGUGUUGGGUAAAAUAUAUAACUACCUGGAACCACAAGAUCGAUUAAACGCGUCGCAAACGUGUCGUCUCUGGCGUGGGGUGCUUUUCCAAAAGAGAUUUUUCAGCAACUUUAAGUUUACAUUACAAAUAAACAAUGAACGACAAUACACGUUUUUUCGGCAAACCCUUUGUAAUUUGGCAACUGAAGUUACCAUUAAUUUUGACUUUAUGAACGUUUUCCAUAUCGAGAAAGUAAGAAAAAUCCUAUACAGGAUCGCACGUUGUAAUAAUCUGCGAGGUUUACAUUUCUCCACAAGUAAUAUGGGCAUAAUCGCUCCUGGGAUUAAAAAUAAGGAAAAACUUAUCGAUAUUGAACAAUGUUUCAUAGAGCCUCUGAAAAUGUUUUUAAAUCGUAAAAAUUAUCCAUGUAAAAUAUUGGACUUAGGUGCGAUUGAAGCUUUAACCUACUAUGGCUUUGAAAUACUAAAAUCCUUAGGCAAACCUGACGCAUUGCUCCAGUUAACUCUGGCUUCAAUUAAGUUCGACUCCUGUAAUUAUGCCAUACCUACCAUAGAGCCUUCGUUGUUACAAAAAUGUUCUUCACUGCAGGCUUUAUCGCUUGAUUACGAUUGUUUAAAUGAGAAUCUAUUGCAUGCCAUGGAAAUACUACCAUUGAAAAAGCUUUUAAUCUGUGUUCACAAUGUAAAUCGUCAACAUCCUGGUAUAUCCAAUAAAUCUUGGGCUCGAUUUGGAGCUACGUUUCCCAAUAUCGAUUUAAUUGUGUCAUUGGUAUACGCAUUUGAAGCGGUUGAAGUGCUGCAAGUACGCAUACUACGACGUAGUAUGCCUAUAACACAUUUGCGCGUGCUAUUUUGUGACAUUAUGAACGCAGAGGCCUUAGAUUGGAUGUCUAUCAAUAAUAGCAGCACGCUGAAGAGUAUACAGUGGAUAGAUUCAGCAUACAAACAUUCCAAUAAAAAUGUGAUGGACUUGUUUAUACGAUCCGGUCAAGAUCCCUUCGUUAUGAUGGCUUGGCGUUGCAAAAAUUUGGAGGAAAUCGUAAUACAUGGCUAUGUAAUAGAUCCUCAUAAUAUUGUUGGUAUGUCACGUCUGCGCGGCAAAUCCCUUAAGCGCCUAGAAAUUUCAAUGAUUGACCAAACCCCAACAGAAGCAAGCAUGGACUCGUUCAUAGAUGAAAUAAAUACCUUGCUUGGCCACAAAUGGGAACCCAUACCCCCAAAUAAAUUACAUCCAGCACUAGGUUAUAUGCCAGUGACAGAUGAUGUACGUGAUAAAUACGUCUUCGAUCUCAUGCGCAGUGAUAUGGGCUAUUAAGAUUAAUUGCAACCACUUAAGCGAAUUUAGGUUAACUAUAGAUUUAUAACGAACAUAAAAAAUAUGUAAAGUAAUAAUACAUAUUCAUUAAAACCAACAUAUGAGCGCAAAAACGUCGUGCAUAGCGAAAAUACCUUAGCAAGCUCCACAGAGACAAAAACCACAACCAAAGUAAAAGUAAAAGUUGAAAUAUAAAAGCAUUGCAGUGAUACUUUUUUCAAUAACUUUAAAUCACAUAUAGUAUGUUAAUGCGAAAGAGAGAAUAUUGGUAAAUUCAAACAACUAUCAAUUGAAAACCCGUAUUGAAGAGCAAGAUUUAGUAUAAAAAAUCACAAAAAACGAAAAAUGUGGAAGCAUCAAAACUCAAUUACCUACAUAUUCAUUACUAUAUAAAUAUAUAUCUAUAGGCGAUUAUAGUUUAAGAAAAAACAAUAACAACCACUCUUGUACUAAAAGAGGGAAAAAUUAAUUUGUAAUUAAAUAUAUGACAUUGACAUUGACUCAAAUGAAACACAAACCUAACAAAGAUAAAGAUCCUUAUAAAAUCACAAAUCGCUCCCGGAGAAAACAAUUUAUUGGCAAUGGAAACCACAAAGAAAACAUCGACCAAAAACGGUGUCGGAAUGCCACAACAUCUAAUAUGAGCCAUGGAAGUCUAACAACAAGCCGGACUUAUCUUCAGAUGUUAUACUCCAUAUUGUUUAUUUAUAGUACGAAUAGUACACCGGAAUAUUGUAACAACAAGAACAAUGUAUUGUAGAUUUCACUAAAGCAGCGAAAGUAAUUAUUUCAUAAUUUUUAUAUAGACCUACAUAUACACACAUAAACUAAUAAGCAUUGUGUUAUAUAUGAAAAGCUCAGAUAUAUUCCAUAUUAUUUUAUUUCUUUGUUUUAUAAAAAAAUAACUAUAAAGAAAAUAAUUUUACUUCACUUGUACGUUUCUAUAAUUGGGUCACUAAAUAACAGAAAAGAAUAACAGUUGCACAUAACCUAAAAUUGACGUUAAUUUAUUGCCAAUAACGGAAUUAUUUAAUGCUUAUAUUUAUGUUCAUCCUCACAAUUUAGGGCUUAUUAGCUGCAGGAAUAAUUACAAUUACAUUCGAAAAUUUUGAUUUCAAAACUAAAAAAAAUAUAAAAUUGUGCUAGUUAAUAUUAGUUAUUUCGAAAAAUGUAAAUUUUGCAAACGAUAAACAUGAAAAAGGAUAGAAUGUAAAUAUAUAAAUAACAUCGAAUAUAUAAAAAUAAAUCAAAAAAGUAGCAACAUAUUAGGCAAAGGUGCCGACUUACAACUCCCAAAGGCACCCGUAGAAAAAUAAAAAUUGAAAUAUGUAUUUAUAUUUUUGUGAAUCUUUAUAUAAUUAAUGCAAAUGCAUAAUAUUUCUUAACCGCAUUUUUGUUCACAAUACACUUACUACUGCUACAAUAUUAUAGACAUAAUUUAAUAGAACACUGCACUGUAAACAACAAAAUAAGCAGGUGCAUUUGAUGACAACUAAACGCAUUCAAAAGUA